GGCGGGGCCGCCGCCCGCACUUGCGGGAAGGAUGGAAGCGGAGGGUCGGGCGCCGGGGCCGACGCUGCCCCCCGCUGGCGGGAGAGGGCUCGAGCACCUCGCGGGUGUCCCCGGUGCGACCCCGACGCCGCUGCUCACCGCCUCCGCCGAGGUGCUGGAGUUCGAUGACGAGGAGGACGACCUGGAGGUGUUCAGCAAGGAUACGUCACUGGCAGAGGCAAACUCAUUCAGUCCUUCAAUGCCAAUAUCCCCCUCAUCUAUGAUAAACCAGUAUAAAUUUGAAGAUGAACCAGAAUUAAAAGAUCUCUUCAUUACUGUUGAUGACCCUGAAAGCCACAUUACAGCCAUUGAAACAUUUAUUACGUACAGAGUAGUCACAAAGACAUCUCGUGGUGAAUUUGACUCCUGUGAAUAUGAGGUCCGACGCCGAUAUCAGGAUUUUCUUUGGUUGAAGAGCAAACUUGAAGAAGCACAUCCAACACUUAUUAUUCCUCCAUUGCCAGAAAAAUUUGUGAUGAAAGGAAUGGUGGAACGAUUUAGUGAUGAAUUCAUUGAGACUCGGAGAAAAGCUCUACAUAAAUUUUUGAACCGCAUUGCUGAUCAUCCAACUUUAACUUUUAAUGAAGACUUCAAAAUUUUUCUUACUGCACAGGCCUGGGAACUCUCCUCGCACAAGAAGCAGGGUCCAGGUUUGCUGAGCAGAAUGGGACAGACCGUAAGAGCUGUAGCAUCCUCAGUAAGAGGAGGAGUUAAAAAUCGUCCUGAAAUGUUUACAGAAAUGAAUGAUUAUAUGGAAACAUUUAGUCACAAAAUAAACGUACUGGACAAAAUAGCUCAUAGAAUUUACAAGGAAGAAAGGGAGUAUUUUAAUGAAAUGAAGGAAUACGGCCCCAUCUACACACUUUGGUCAGCAUCAGAAGAAGAUAUAGCAGACUCCCUAAAAGGCGUCGCCAGCUGCAUUGACAAAUGUUGCAAGGCUACAGAGAAACGAAUGGCGGGGCUCUCUGAAAAUCUGCUACCAGUCAUACAUGAGUAUGUUCUCUACAGUGAAAUUCUGAUGGGUGUUUUGAAAAGGAGAGACCAAAUUCAAAGCGAGCUUGAUUCUAAAGUUGAUGCUUUAGCCAAUAAAAAGGCAGACAAGGAUCUGUUCUCAGAGGAGAUUGGGAAACUUGAAGAUAAAGUAGAAUGUGCCAAUAACGCUCUGAAAGCAGACUGGGACAGGUGGAAGCAAAACAUGCAGUACGAUAUGAGAUCAGCGUUCACUAAGGUGUCUGACAAUAAUCUCCGUUAUUAUGAAGAGAUACAUGUUGAUGUCUAUGUCUUCCAGUCUUCCAACCUUCUUACGGGUUGUCCACUAGCCUCAGUGUAAAAUCAGUGUCCUGGUUUUACAAAUCAUUUUGUUAGAACAUAAUUGAAAAGACAGAGCUCUUGAUCAUCAAGUAUAGUUAAUUAGGAUGCAGCCUGUGAGAUGUGUGGACAUUGACAAUCUGUUGUUACAUAUGAAGAUCAAAAUAUUUUCUGAAAUCGGGCAGCAAACUUUUGACAUCCUCUCACAUUUUUUACAGCUACUGAUGAUCUCCGGUUUCUAUAUCAUGAAUAUGUAUGUUAAAUCAGUGCUAAAUAUAUUGGAAUAUUUUGUUCAUGAACGAUUAGCUAAAUUAAAACAACAAUAAUUCUUUUUGUCUCUUUUCUGUCUAAAAAUGCUUUUUGCUGAAUUAGAAUUUCAUUUCAGAAUGUCAAAGCUCAUAGCGUACAUGAAAUUAUUAUCACUAAGUCAAAGAUGUGAAAAAUGGUUCAACUAUUUCUAUAGGUACCAGUGGCUCUCCUUAAAUAGUCUCUGAAAUACUGGACAAAUCAGUUUACACUGAGACAUUAUUCUUUGUUGGUGCUUUUCUUGAAAACUUUAAAUGGUUUUCCUGUUACGAUCCGAUUGAUCCAGAUUUUAGAAAAAGUAUCUUUCUGUAUGGUUAAUAACAAACAUUAGGCUAACCAAGCUGAAAAGUGAGGGCUUAUCAGGUUUUGUUUCUGUUUUUUGUUUUUGUUUUUAGCAGAAAAUCAUUAUCUCAAUUCUGGCAUUCGAGAGAUUUUGGUAAAAUUAAAUUGGGGAGUUUGAGGAGUUUUUAUCUAAAAUGUGCAAUUUUUUUUUAUUUUUUAUUUUGAGACCUGUUUUUAUUGCCUGUGGUUAAUUACUGGCGAAGACCUUGUAUUACAAAUGAUAGGUCCUGCAGUCCUGAAUACAACAGGAGACAAACAAACAGACAAAACAUUAGCAUCUUCUUUUGCUUGCUGCCUAGAGGUAAAACCUCAGGAAGGAAAUCUCAGAAAUCUGUGCAUCAGAAUAUGAUUCUUAUGCUUUCCAUAAAAAAUGAAGUCCUACCUUAAAGAUAAACAUUUGAGUAAGAAGUGUUUCUUGGUUUCUACGGCUAUGGAAUUUCAGUCUCUUUGGCUCUCAGUGUAACAGGCACUAAUUAAUGCCCCAUGUUGCAAGUUUAUGGGGUGCUCCUGUGCAGACCUAUGAGAACAAAGUCCUUCCUCUCAUACUGUACAAUCUGAACAAUACAUCUGCAUAUGAUGCCAUUUAACAGCCCAGUAUUACCAUGACUGAGCAGUCACUUGCAGUUCCUGUAGUUGGUCUACAUGAAGUUCUCUUCUUCCUUCUCUUUCAAAAAAGAGUUGAAUACAUGCUAAGUCUCUCCAUAUGCAAGAUUUAGAGCUAUUAACUUACUGUAUUAAAAUGCCAUACCAUUUCUUUUACUGCUUUUUCCCAUGCCCUAGGUACAACACAAUGGUCUGAAUUAGCACACCGCUUAGCUCACAGGAGAUACAAUCUUCCCAAUGGUUGAAAUCACAAACUAUCCACAGGGCAGAGCAUACAGCUGAGAGAGCAGAUUGUCACCAGGUCUUUCCAUUAAGGUAUAGAUAUUCUCCAGCGCCCUUGUGACAGAGCAUUAUGAAAACCAAGAUACAAAGUUCUUGUUACUUAACUAGCGUAUCUGAAGUCAUCCUGGUUCAUAUUAGCCAACAAUCCGGGCACCCAGGAAUGUUGUACUUUGGCUUCAAAGAACAAUAGCAAUUAAACAUUUACCAAUUGGUUUUUCUUAAUGUUUGCCAUAGUCUCUGGGAUAUUUGCAAAAAGAAAAAAGAAGUAUUUAAUUUUCUCAGAAAAAACUUUGUUAACAUAUUCAGAGAAAAAGAAAGUAAGACCGGAGUAAGUAGGAGCACAGUCCAAAUACUGCUCAGACACUGUAAAUCCAGCAAAUACACCCAUUUGGUUUUCCAUUGCUUAUAAGGCACUCUAAUAAAUGCAGGAAUAAUGUUUUCCACCUUCACCCCCUAUAAUGUAGAAUGAUAUCUAAUUAGUUUUGGCAUUGAAAUAACAUGUUUUUUUCCUUGUGCUAAGAUACAUCUUUUAAAGUGUAGCCUCUGAUUUUGUAUUUGCCAUGUCCAACUGUUUAAACAUUUGCAGAUUAAUCUAAUAAGAAGUUAGAUUUGAUAGAGUAGUAAGAGUCUUGUUGGUAUUCACACAUCUUACUUUUUUCCAAAAACCUAAAAUAAAUGGUUUCCUGAUUUUCUUAACUAUUUCAAGCAUAACUGAGUUUAUUUCAGUUAUCUACAUUAUUGUGCAGACAUAAAUUGAUCCAAAUGAUUCAUUAGGUCAAAACAAUACUUCCCAUUAAAGUAACUUUAUUCUAACUCAAAAGCCCACAUGUACCCAUCUAGUGUAAGCUUUAGGAAAAUAGAUUAGAUGUGGUGUUUGCCCCGGAGGCCUCUGUGACGUAUAUAACAAGUCAUUGGGUCAGCAGUGUUAGCUGCUUACACAUGUUGAUCACAUCCUACCUUAGCAAUGCCCAGGCAUUUAGCUAACAAACUUCCUGUGAUAUUCAGAGGCUCCCACAUGGCUGAGCCAGUUUGUCACUGCAGAUGUCAUUUCAAAUCUGGGGUCCGUCUUUGAACCAUCAGUCAUUUCAGACAUAGAAAUUUAUUUUAAAUACUUUUAGGAAUAUUUUUUAUAUAUAGUGGGUAUCAGCAUUUUUCUAUUUGUAUACACUCUAGUUUUUCUUUCCUUGCACCCAGAAACUAUGAAUGUCUCUCUCUCUCAAACACAGAAGACUUCAUUUUCAGAUUCUACUCUAGGAAAUGUCAUCACAAAGGAUAUUUUUAAGGUAUUAACCAUGGAAAACAGGGAACUGGAACACAUGGCAUAUGACACAUUGCUUCUGUUAUCAUCCCUACUACAUGUUCUAUUUUUAAAUCUUUUUAGUUAGAUAUGCAGUUGUAUAUGGGAACCUCUUAAUGCUGUUUCUAAAAAUGGUGUUGUAAAACAGAUGUGCAGAACAGUAGUAAUCAAUAUUUUAGGUAAAAUAGCACUAUUUAAGCACUUUCAUUUUGUAUAUUUAGAUUUUCUAAUGUAUUCUGCAGCGCUUUUACAAGUAAUUGGAUUAUGAAUUUCAACACUAUGCAUGCACAUUUAAUUUCCUGGGUUUGGUUUUUCUUUUUGUCUCCUUUCUGUCUCUUGUGAAAGUGGGCAUAUCCUCUGUUUAGAUCUCCAUUUUCACCCUCCCUGGAGAACUCCAUAAAAGCAUUCUGUAAUAAGGCUGAAGUGUACAUCAGUAACAAAAUGUCGUUUAUGCAGUUCAUGCUUCACGAUAUAAAAAGCUUGAGCCUAAGGCACAGAGACCUACUUUUGUUUUGGUACGGUUAAUUAUAAAACUUGUCAGCUGUAGAAACACUAUGAUGUCUGACAGUGAGACGAGCCACCAUUGCUCUUACAUUUUGGAAAAUGUGUUUUGGCUAUAUAAAUGAGGAUAAAUUAAAAACCAAGUAACUUCUGUAACAGAAAAAGAUGCUCUGCAUCUUUGUCUGAAAGGACUUUGGUAAGUUGUAUCUAUCUGGACAAGCAACAUAGUGUGACUGCAUUUUAACAUAUGCAUUUUGGCUCAGUGUUGCAAAGAUAAUAGGGAGCCAUUUUUACAUUCCAGACAGUAAAUAAGAUGUAUGUACUUUAACACACAUUACUGAAAUUACAAAAUGAUAAAACAUGAAAUUAUAUAAUAUAAAUUAAACUGUGGCUCAGAAAAAAAUAAUAAAUACAGUCAUUCAUUGUCAACAAAA